GCCGGGGUUUUCUCGCUUAAACUUUUACGCCAAGCUUCCCCAUUCAUGUCUUAGCUCAGGGCCUCGCCACUGCUCCCUUCAAACAUCACGCCCUCUUGUGGUGGUAUCACGACCGUCAAACACCUCCCAUUUCUACCGAAGAUGUCGUGGCGUAACCAAGGUAUUACGGGCUCGAAUAACAUUCCCCUCGGGACUCGGCGACGGUUUGGCGGCGGCGACGAUGCUCAGGACGACGGCGGCUACAAUCCCGCUGCGCCAGCGACGGGGUUGUCAGAGCUGAAGCGCGGUCGCAGUCCAACGCGUGACGCCCAACCCGUCGAUGGUCCCAAACGGCGACGCAAACGCAAUCGAUGGGGGGAUGCCAGCGAGAACAAGGCUGCCGGCCUGAUGGGCUUACCCACGGCCAUCUAUGCGGCCAUGACUACGGAGCAGCUUGACGCGUAUACUCUGCAUUUGCGCAUUGAGGAAAUCACCCAGAAGCUCAAGAUCAACGAUGUUGUGCCUCCAGAGGGUGAACGGUCGCCGUCCCCUCCUCCGCAGUAUGAUAACUUUGGUCGCCGUGUCAAUACGCGCGAGUUCCGCUACCGCAAGCGACUCGAGGAUGAGCGUCACAAGUUGGUCGAAAAGGCCAUGAAGACGCUGCCCAACUAUCAUCCGCCAGCUGAUUAUAGGCGACCUACUAAGACACAGGAGAAAGUCUAUGUGCCGGUCAAUGACUAUCCAGAGAUCAACUUCAGUACGGAACUAACCCCUCUAAACCCCCACUUUCCCAGUCCUUGCUUUCCUUUUGCCUUCGUCUUGACGAGGCAUGCUCAGACCGACCGAUACAAGUGGAUAUCUUGGAACGUCUGCAGUAUAGCUAUGUCACUAACCCACCUCAUCAAUUACUCUACUGACCCAUUUUGAUCAUUUGACUAACCAAGGUUCUCCUACUAACAGUUGGCCUGCUCAUUGGCCCUCGUGGAAAUACGCUCAAAAAGAUGGAGUCUGAAUCCGGCGCCAAGAUUGCCAUUCGCGGCAAAGGCUCUGUUAAAGAGGGCAAAGGCCGUUCUGACGCAGCUCACUCCAGCAACCAGGAAGAGGAUUUGCACUGUUUGAUCAUGGCAGAUACGGAGGAGAAGGUCAACAAGGCCAAGAAGCUGAUUCACAACGUCAUUGAGACUGUAAGUACCCUGAGCCGCCCUU